CGUGGAUGGACCCUAACCCUGUUUCCUCGACCCAGACACCGUGACCCAGACAGAAACUCCCAAAGAUACCUAAUGUUACCGACGAUCAGAUAAACUUCCAUAGGUUUAAUCAGGCGGUAUCAACGGUAGUACAAACCCAGUUUAAAACUAAUGAUCGUGAAUUCCUACACAGAGCAUAUCAAACACCAAGCUGCCCUAUAGUCUUUCGAUUAUUCGAUUAUCUUAACCCCAACUGGGUCUGUCAUGACGGGCAUCAUGUUACCAGUCUUCACCGUCUUCAACGCACUCCCCUUCGAAAUCCGGCAGCUGAUAUGGCAUCUGGCGCUCCCAGACGACGAACCCGAAGUCUUGGUUCUUCAACCCGCACACAUUGAUCGGCCGGGUCAAGACGCACCUCUGGAACCUAAGACGGUCGACACGGCUUUCCCAACCCUGAUGCACACCUGCCACGAGUCGCGCGAGUACGUGCGGAAUCACAGCGGCAUCCGUUUCCGCUCUCCUCACGAAGCCGGCUGCGAGGUACCGUUCCGUCCUUUCCGGCCCGAUCUGGAUACGGUGUUUUGGGACGAAGAACGCCAUAACCACCUAUGGGGCCCUCACUACGCCGCCGACCAUGUGAGCUGGCUGUCGCAGAUCCGGCAUUUGGCCAUCCCAUCGGCGAACACUUAUGUCGGACAGCACAUGACGACGUGCAUUAAUAGUCACUGCCCGAUGCUCCAGAGCCUCUCCGUUGUGUUCGCCGACUCGACCAACUAUAAUCGGCUGGGGCGCAGAUUUGUCGAACCCGGGCGACGGCGGAAGCUUCGGCAUAUCGAGCUGGACCACGCAAAGCGCAUGAAGUUCGUGUUUGACCCCUGGCACUCUGACCUACAUCACCAAAUCACGCUCUAUGAGUUCCUGAGGAUAUUCUGUGACCAGCUUAACGAGCACGGGGGAGAUACGGGAGAGCCACCCAAGGACUGCGGGGGGUGGCGUAUUCAGAGGGAAUCUCCUGGGCGUUGUCUCCUUAUAACCCAAACAUUUGUGCAGUGGCGCCGUGGGGAAUGGGUUGAGAUGCGUGCCCGCAGUAAUUUGGCACAGACAUAGCUUGUCGUCGGGAAUGGAUACCUUGAGGAAUUCCAUGAAGGAAUGGGCGGGUGUGGUUCGGAGGAGAAGGCUGACAUGGCAAAGACGGCGGUCUUGAGCAAGAUGGGGUUUGGCGGGUCAGAUGGUAUCGAUAGGGCUGACCACCUGGGUCCACGGGCAGUGGGUUCGAGAAAUUGGGAUCCGCUCAAGUCAAGUUGUCCAAACAGAUUACUUCCUCUAAUUAUUUUCUGCUGUUGCUUAUUCUACGGACGGCGACGAGUCUGACAGAAUCCUCGAAGCAGAGAACAUUCCAGCAGCGUGACCGAAUUUCAGACAAGCGGCGGCCCGGUUGGUAU